AUGAAGUUAACCACAGCUCCAGUUCUGGCUUUACCGUCUGGCACCGAAGGGUUUGUAAUUUACAGUGAUGCGUCCCAUAAAGGAUUAGGUUGUGUGCUUAUGCAAGGUGGAAGAGUUAUCGUCUAUGCUUCACGACAGCUUAAACUCCAUGAAAAGAAUUAUCCCACGCAUGAUCUUGAGCUCGCGGUGGUAGUUUUUGCUUUAAAGAUAUGGCGUCACUAUUUGUAUGGUACUACCUGUGAAGUUUACACCGACCACAAAAGUCUCAAGUACCUUUUUACCCAGAAGGAAUCGAACAUGAGGCAGCGUCGGUGGUUAGAGUUAAUUAAAGACUACGAUUUACAGAUCCAUUAUCAUCCUGGUAAGGCCAACACGGUUGCAGAUGCUCUUAGUCGGAAAAAUAUGGGAGAUUUGGCCAACCUGUUUACGAAGCAAAAGGAAUUGGUGAGUGAAUUGGAUAAAAUGAGUGUGGAGUUUAAAAUACAUGGACAGGAGACAGUACUAGCAGCAGUAAUGGCUCAACCGACUUUACUUGAAGAGAUCAAGUUACAUCAAAUGGAGGAUGACAUUCUAAAGAAAGUAUGUGAAGAGUUAGAGACAAAACCAAAAUCGGGAUUCAGUUUGGUGGAUUCGCAAGUGAAAGCGGAGCAUCGAAGACCAGCAGGAUUAUUACAAUCCCUUCCAAUCCCGGAAUGGAAGUGGGAACAUCUAACCAUGGAUUUUGUUGUGGGGUUACCACGAACACCUCGGGGUAUGAAUUCUAUAUGGGUCAUUGUCGACCGAUUAACUAAGUCCGCCCACUUUCUACCAGUGAAGACUCAGUACAAUGCAGAUAAACUGGCGGUCAUUUAUGUGAAUGAAAUUGUAAGACUGCAUGGUGUACCGGUCUCGAUUAUAUCGGAUAGGGAUCCGAAUUUGUUUCCAGAUUCUGGCAAAGUUUACAAGAAGCCAUGGGUACAGAAUUAA